ACUUCAGGCGAGACAAAGAGAGAGAGACAGAGAGAGAGAGAGGGAGAGAGACAGAGAGAGAGAGAGUCUAUAAACUCGGCUCACAGAUUUUGGGGGGUGAAGUCAUGUUUUCACUCUGCCUGCCCCUCCUCUUGCUCCUCCCCCUUUCUCAGACCGCACCCCCUUCGGAUGCCCCGCCCACUCAGCACUGCGCGCGGUGCUGUGACCACUUGGAGUACCAGUCUUCACCACCAGAGGGGGGUGACACGCCACCCGCAGGGAAAUACAUUGUGCCGGAGAUCAGACCUUAUAUUAACAUGACCAUACUGAAAGGUGAGAAAGGAGAGCGGGGCGAGAGAGGCACCCCGGGCAAAUCCGCCAAAGACGGGCCGCCCGGUUCCCAAGGACCCCCGGGUCCCAAAGGCAGCAAGGGUCAGACGGGCGUCCCGGGAGACGCCUGCAAGCACGAGCACGCCGCCUUUUCGGUCGGGCGCAAGAAAGCCUUCCACAGCGCCGAGCAGGACCAGGCCCUGGUGUUCGACACGGUCUUCGUGAACCUGCACGGGCACUUCGACAUGUUCGGGGGCCGGUUCCACUGCCACCUGCCCGGGCUCUACUACCUCAACCUCAACCUGCACACCUGGAACUUCAAGGAGACCUACGUCCACCUCAUGCACAAUGACCGGGAGCUGGUCAUCCUGUACGCCCAGCCCAGCGACAGGUCCAUCAUGCAGAGCCAGAGCAUCAUGGCGCAGCUGCGGGACGGGGACCAGGUCUGGGUGCGGCUCUACAAGCGAGAGCGACAGAACGCCGUCUACAGCGACUCCAACGACAUCUACAUCACCUUCAACGGGUACCUGAUCAAACCCGGUCCCGACUGAGCCUCCGUACUGCUUCCCUGUGCUUUACCAGACCUCUCUGUGCUUUACAAUGCUUCCCUAUGCUUUACCAGACCUCUCUGUGCUUUACAAUGCUUCCCUGUGCUUUACCAGACCUCUCUGUGCUUUACAAUGCUUCCCUAUGCUUUACCACACCUCUCUGUGCUUUACAAUGCUUCCCUAUGCUUUACCAGACCUCUCUGUGCUUUACAAUGCUUCCCUAUGCUUUACCAGACCUCUCUGUGCUUUACAAUGCUUCCCUAUGCUUUACCAGACCUCUCUGUGCUUUACAAUGCUUCCCUAUGCUUUACCACACCUCUCUGUGCUUUACAAUGCUUCCCUAUGCUUUACCAGACCUCUCUGUGCUUUACAAUGCUUCCCUAUGCUUUACCAGACCUCUCUGUGCUUCACAAUGCUUCCCUAUGCUUUACCAGACCUCUCUGUGCUUUACAAUGCUUCCCUAUGCUUUACCAGACCUCUCUGUGCUUUACAAUGCUUCCCUAUGCUUUACCAGACCUCUCUGUGCUUCACAAUGCUUCCCUAUGCUUUACCAGACCUCUCUGUGCUUUACAAUGCUUCCUUAUGCUUUACCAGACCUCUCUGUGCUUUACAAUGCGUGAUCCAGUCCUGGUUUCACUAGGAGUUUAAUAAUACGACACACCUGAGCUUGUUAGCUAGACAUACUGGGGGCUGGUCAAGCUGGUAGCAGUAAAACCUGGACUGGAUCACGCUGCUGUACGAUAGGAGUCUGAUUCCCAGCCCUGUAAAAACUCAACUAUUAAUAAGAAACAAACCCUUUUUUAAAUUGAGCUAAAUAUAUGAUUUUAAAAGAUGAAGUCAAUCCUUAUAAACUGGAUUUAUAUGGUGCUAACUAGCUUUCUGUGUUUUUUUAUUCGAACAAAAUUCAGAUUCAUGCUUAAAUAUUACUUUUUUUCAUUUUUGUAUAUAAACAUUAUAUUUGCUAUCCUUUAUAUUGAGAUGUUGAUUCAAUAAAAUGGUUUUGAAGAUUUUUAA